AUGCUGAGACUUUCAAAAAAAGCCACCUUAUCAGCGACUGAUAUUAAGCAGGCAAAUAAGCCAUACAAAGAAACACCUCGUAGAUUCAACCAUAGAAAAAAUGAUAUUUUGAACGAAGGAAACAACAAUGCUAACAACAACUACUACAAGCACAACAACACUGCCAACAAUACUAGCCUCAACAACAACACCGAAAACAAAAGAUUCAAUUAUAUAAAAGAUUUCACCAGCAAAAAGCACAAAAUCUCAUCAUAUAGUCAAAACAAAAUUGACGAGGUUUACAGCGACGGCGACAACUACCACAACAACUUCAGCAACUACAACAACAACAACAAUAUCUUCAUUAGCCACGACAGCAGUGGAAGAUAUAAUGACUGCUAUGAGGAAUUCUACUGCAGUUCUUUCUUACAACUACCAUCUUCCAUGGAACGCUGUAGUAGUAACUUCAGCAGCAGCAACCACAAAAAUGAUGAUACAUAUCAAAAUGAUGAUGAUAUAAAUCAAACAUAUCUAACGACAAAUACUUUCACUGCCAACAAUACUAGCCUCAACAACAACACCGAAAACAAAAGAUUCAAUUAUAUAAAAGAUUUCACCAGCAAAAAGCACAAAAUCUCAUCAUAUAGUCAAAACAAAAUUGACGAGGUUUACAGCGACGGCGACAACUACCACAACAACUUCAGCAACUACAACAACAACAACAAUAUCUUCAUUAGCCACGACAGCAGUGGAAGAUAUAAUGACAGCGAUGAGGAAUUCUACUGCAGUUCUUUCUUACAACUACCAUCUUCCAUGGAACGCUGUAGUAGUAACUUCAGCAGCAGCAACCACAAAAAUGAUGAUACAUAUCAAAAUGAUGAUGAUAUAAAUCAAACAUAUCUAACGACAAAUACUUUCACGGAUAAACGCCGCAGUAGUUACUUCAGCAGCAGCAACCACAAAAAUGAGGAUACAUAUCAAAGUGAUGAUGAUGAUGCAUAUCAAACUAAUGAUGAUGUCAAUCAUAGUAAUGAUAGUAUCAAACAAAUUUAUGGCCGGAAAUUUACAACGCCCGCUGAAUUUGAAAUUUUGGGCUAUGGAACUGUCAACACUUCAGAUAAAAAAUCAACAAAAAAUAGCAAAAAUAAAAACGUCAACAAAAAAAAAAUGCAAAUUAUAGAUUUUUUUUCAAAACUUAGAAGACGAAUAAAAAGUAAACAUAAUGAAAACAACAAAAAUAACAAAAACAUCUAUAAAUACAACAGCAACAAAGACAACAGCAACAAGAACAACGCUACUUAUUUCGAGAAUAACAAAAAUGAAGGUACGUACCGUAGCAUUUUUUACACCAGUCUCGCUGUCCCAACACAGGAAGAUAGUGAAAAUGCAACAUCUAGUCGUAGAAUUCAACUUGACGCACCUAGCUACACAGACAUUGAGACUGCCAACACAACCGUUGUAGAAGCCGCCAAAAAGAUAAAAAGUAAACGCAAAAACAGGAACAACAACAGCAGCAGCAUCAACAACAACAAAAAAGACAAUAUAAACAACAACAACUCAUUUAGUUGCCCAGACUUUAAGAAUGCCUACACGACUGUCGCAGAAAACGCCAAAACAACAAGAAGCAAACACAGAAACAACAAUCGCAAAGGAAGUAAAAGUGUAUCGAACAUCAUCGCGACUUUCAAAAGAGUGACAGAUUACAGAAAAAGUGAAAACACCAUAAACGACAACAACAACAACAACAACAACAACCUCAAGAACAACAAAAGCAACAGCAGCAACGAUGAGAAAAGUAACAAAAUUAAUUUCUCUAAAAAGUUCAGACCUAAACAAAAGCACGGAGACACUUUAGUUUAUCCAAUUUAUGAUGAUAUCACUUUGAAUAAUGAAACGAAAAAAAAAUGUUAUAGUAAUAAUAAUGACAUUAACAACAACAACGACAACAACAACAACGACAACAGCAACAACAACAACAAUAAUAAUAAUAAUGAUGAUUAUGGUUAUGAUCAUGUUGUUGACAGUCCUUAUUUUAUUAUCGGUAAAAAUGACAACAACGAUAAGAAUAAUAAUAACAGUGAGAGAAUUUUUUCAAAAAAUUUUCGCAAUACUGAAGUAUACGAAGACUUAAGUAUUACUGAUAUAAAUAAUUAUAAUAAUAAUAAUUGUAGUUAUAAUUUUAGAGAUGGAAUCUUUUCUGAUGAGAUUAGCGGUUACCCCGAAAUAAAAAACUUAGAAAUAAAAUCAAAGAAUUUAAAAAUAAAAGCAUUAACUGAAAAAUUUGCCGCAGUAUCAGUUACAUCAACAACAGCAAUAUCAACAAAAACAACAACAUCAAAACCAACAACAACAUCAAAGUCAUCAGAAACAUCAUCAACGACAACAACAUCAACAACAACAACAACAGCAAUUAAAACCACUAGUAUUACUACCACUAAUUCACCACAAUCGUUACCACCACCAACAACAACAACAUCAAAAAUGAAACCGCCUGUAAUGAGAGUGAAACCAACAUUUCAAACAAUAAAAGCAAAACAAUCAACAACAACCGGAACGUUACCAACAGCAACAACAACAACAUCGACAACAACAACAACGUCAACAAAAACUUCGAUAGAAACUUCGUUUUUGUCGUCGCCAACAAAAACAGAAUCUGAAACACAAUCAACACAAAACUCAUUCCUACCAACUCUUACAUUAACUAAAAUGAAACCGGUUACAACAGCAAAAAAACCAGCCAUCAAAAAACUUCAAAAGCUUUCACCAACAACAUCAUUAACUGCCACAACAACAUCAUCAACAACACCUACGGCUUCAAUUAGACCAACAUCAAACACAGCAUCAACAGUAAAGAUGAUAUCUUUCGAAAAAAACAUUACCUCUACUGCAACAGCGUUAAAUAUAACAUCAACAAGAGUGCCAUCACAGCCGUCUUCGUCAAAAGUAUUAACCAAGAGAAGUACACAUCAAACGAAAGACAUGUUCAACAGUCAAAAACAGGGAGGUAGUCACAUUAUGUCCACAAUAUACAAAAAACUCAACAUGAUUAACAACAAAGACAAUAGCAUGGCAAAAAGACUCUGCAACGACAUCACCUACAUUUGCAUAAACCAUAACAACGAUAAUAACAAUAGCAAUGCAAACAGCAGCACGAAGUCUCAGAGAGCAAGUAGUUACAUUGAUGAUGACAGCCCUUACAAUAACAACCCGGCUGUAAAUCUCAAUUUCCAAUCCAACAACAUCCACAACAACAAUGACGACAACUCCUUCAAAACAAACAACACCAAGUUCAGCAAUUUCAUCAACAACAACAUUACUAUCAAAGACAAGAAAAAUGUUCAUAUUUAUAGCUCAUCGUACGCCAACAAAAUGACUUUACUUGACAACAACAAAAGCAACAAGAACAACGACGACGACCUCAAAAAGAAUAUCCCAAGAAUCGAACAUCUCCUACAAGCUGAUGUGACGAAACAGAAAUUUUUCGUUAUAACAAGACAGGAUAGCAGACGAAAAGUUAUUGAAUAG